UACAGAGAGAGUAAAACAGUUUCAGAGAACACCCAAAACAAGCCAAAACCCUAAAACUCUCCAUUAGAAGAAGGGGGUUGAGAUUUUCAGCCUUUUUAGAUUAUGGGUUGGAAAGCAGCUCAAAAGCUUGUACAAAACUGGAGGAUUCUCAGGGGAGAUAAUGUAAUGAUAAUCAGGGGCAAGGAUAAAGGAGAGACUGGUGUUAUUAAGCGUGUUGUUCGUACUCAGAAUCGUGUUAUUGUUGAAGGCAAAAAUCUUGUAAAGAAACAUAUCAAACAAGGACAAGGUCACGAGGGAGGAAUUUUUACUGUUGAAGCCCCUCUUCAUGUUUCGAAUGUUCAAGUUGUUGACCCCGUCACAGGGAACCCUUGUAAAGUUGGAAUCAAAUAUUUAGAAGAUGGCACAAAAGUAAGAGUUUCUAGAGGAAUCGGAGCCUCUGGAUCCAUCAUUCCUCGUCCCGAGAUUUUAAAAAUUAGGACCACGCCAAGACCCACAAUCGCUGGUCCCAAAGAUACCCCAUUGGAGCUAGUGACAAAAAAAACCUACGACUCUGCCACUGGGAAGGGAAUGCCUUCACUCUAACAAUCUUUUGUUUUAAUUUAUCAGCGAGAGAUCGUAAAAUGAGUUAGAAAUUAGAACAAACUGGCAUAUAGAUUUGGUUCAUUAUCAUAAAUGUUGGUUUAGUUCUUGUUUGUCAGAAGUUCUGGAAGAGCUGUUUCUGACGCCACAACUAUUAGUUGUCACAAGUUCUGGAAAUGACAGUUUUUGAAAUACCUGGUGCAAUCUAUUUUCUUUGCCAGUUUCAUGACAUUUGUAUUCUUAUUUCAGAUUUUACCAAGCUACUCUCAUACGCUUUUUUCUU